AUGCUGUCAGCGACGCGCCGACAACGCGUUUACAAUAAUCACACAUUCUUGGCUACUAUUGAAAACUACGAAGCCUCAAUUACCGCAGAAGUGAGUGAAAAUGGCGAAUUCAUCUGUCCUGUUUGCUGCAAUAAUCUUAAAGGAUACAAAAGCUUUGUAAACCAUGUGACGCAUCAACACCCUGCGCUAGCAAGGCCUCAACCACUCGAAAGCAAGCGCAGCAUCGAGCGUUUUUCUUUUGAUGAAGGCUGCUCAAGCGUUUUGCAAGGAAGUAACGAUAAUAAGAAGCAGAAAUAUGGAGGCCUGGCAAAAUACCAUGAUUUUGUACCAGCAAAGCUUUUAAUAAAACAGCCAGCUAGUAACAUGGCCAGAAACACUAUGUAUCUGCUCCUUUUUAUCAAUGGCCCAUCCAGAAACACGCUCAAUAGCUCCGUUACUUCAAAUGCAAAUUUUGAAGCACAGCUUGUUUUCAGCAGUACCGAUCCUUGUAAUAAUACAGCUACCAUUACAGCAUCUAAUAAGGCAAGCAAUAACCUAUCAAGCCUUUACAGUCAAGUUCAAAAUGGUCGCUAUUCUAAAGCAUUUAGUAUUUUUGGUCCAUUUGUAAAGCUAAAUAGGGACUUGGAGGAGGCUCUCGGCUGCAGUUUUUCUCAUCGAAAACAUCUACUUUCACUGAUUCCAGCUUUGUUUGUUGGAGGCGUCAUUCAGGCAAAAAACUUUGUUCUUAUGAUAACCUCUUGUGAGCUAUAUGCUCGGGAUGCUAAUAUUGAUGAGCAUUUGGAGUCAAAUAGGGGCGUCUUUCCUUACAUGUUUGAAGCAGAGUCUAGAAGAUACAAAGGUAUUACUAUUAAAGUUAUCUAACAAUCUGAUGGAGGGACAAUCAUCAACAAACUUCAUUGGGCACUAUGCAAUUUAAUUUGUUAGUAACGGGAAGUCUGAUUCUAUACCCAUAGCUUUCGAAUAUCACUUCUAUUGGGCUAGGUUGUAAUACGUUUCUCGUAAAUGAAAAGAUGAAUGAAUAUGUACUAAUAUUUUCAGAGAAGAACAUAUGAAAAUUCAUGAUGAAGUUUGCCGACGCCUCAAGCAUUAGCCCAAAGAUACCAAAAAUCGAAGAUGUGCGUCAACUUACUACGCUGCUACGACGUCCCUCUGCAUAUCUUUACCGAUCUCAUCUUCUAGAAGAUCGGUUAUUACACCCGGUAAUAAUAUUUACCUUAUCAAAAUACCAUACAAAAAGCUUCAGAGAAAAGCCGUAUAAAUGAUGACAAUGGUAUUAUUGAUCGACCCAGUCUCUGUCUCGAUAAAACGCAAAUAGG